UUUCCUUUUCGUUCUUUUCCAGUAAUUGCUUGGAAAUGUUUGCUGGCCUGCUGGAGCGCUUCGCAUGACUGGAGGGUUUGUUCACUGCGGGGUUCGUUAGAGUCGCCUCCGGCGGCGGCUUUUUUGUGGGGUCGCCAGCAGUGGGUGCGAUAUCCGUCUCUAGCAAGAGACACGGCACAGUAGGACAACGAUGUUGCACGUCAUUGAAAUAUUUUGAUCGGAGUUCGUGUACUGUUUCUUACUGCGGGAAAUUGAUUCGACAACGGCGUUGUCGCCACUUUUGCGACACCAGCGCCUACUCAUUUGUGAAAUGGAGGACCCCGUAAGUGUUGAGUCCUCCGUUUCUGCUUCGCAGGUAGCAGAGUCGAGCCGGCCAGUGUCGUUUCGUGGUAAGAGCGUUUCGCCAUCCGAUUCUGGAGGCCACCGAACUCAAGACAAGCGAAGGAAUCGCCAUUCACGGGCCCCAUUGUACUGCGCCGAGCUAGUAAAGUCAAACGGCCCUGCCGUCGCCACCGGAACAGGAAAUGAGCCCGAUGGUUCGAGAGCGCCGCGAAGUUCGAAGGAAAGCCAGACUCGCGCGGUUGACAUGUGCGGUGUAAAUGAGGUUGUGGAGCUGGUAAUCGGUGGCCAUAUCUUCUUCGCAUCUGAGUCUACUCUUCGCCGUUCUAAAACUCUACAACAACUCCUCCAAAAAGUGUCUGUCAAACAAUCACAAGGCAGCGGAGAGUCGUGUAAGACCGGGAACCGGGUGCCGGAAUCCGAAUGUAACCAGUUAUCCUCUUGUUUUUCGGAAGGAGGCUACUCCCUGGCUGAUGUCAGUGCCACUGCCGAACCAGGACCGACCACCAGUCCCAGCGUUAGAAGCGUUUUCGUUGAUCGUGACCCUUACCGUUUCAGUUUUGUUUUGGACUAUCUUCGGAAUGGCCAACUGGAUGUACGGGAGACCAGCGACGGGCAGAAAGUUUAUAGGGAGGCGCUGGCACUUGGCAAUCCCUCGGGUGGAAGCGGAGACUUUUCAGGCAAUGUUCACUAUCGUGGGUGUCGUGUGGGCGACUCCGAUGAGAAGCGCGAUGGUGCUUUCAACUCUGCGUGCCUGUCUCUUGUCAGCUUACGUUGUGAGUUUGAUUACUUUGGUAUCGACUGGCCUAGCCGCUGUUUGCGCUGUGAAGUUUUAUUUGACCCGUCGCGUUGUCAGCAGUUGUCCGCAGAUUCCGUUGACCCCAGUGGAUAUGCGCUAGGUUUGCAGCAUGAUGUGUCAGAUAACGACCCCUCUGCUUCGACAGUUGGACAGACAUCCAGCACAUCGGCAGCGUUUCCACCAGCAAGAGGGGAUGGCGGUCCAGAGGUGAAGUGCUACUACCACCCAGGUGAACUGAUUGAGAUCGACCUUUCCUCCUCCGAGUGUGGCGACACUGGUGCUCGUAAAAAAGCACUGGAGCGCCAGAGAGCCGAACGCAGGAAGCUCCUCUAUUACACAUGCUGCAACCGACGCGAAGAUGCAAUCGGGUGCCAGGCGGGGGCGCACCUGAGUGAGGAAGAAGCUCUAGCCAGGGCACUUCGACGCCGAAGUCCACCGACGGCUAGCUGCGGUGCCCAUGAGGACGGAGGGAGGCUUCUAAGAACGGCAGCGGCCUCCACUGGCGACCUUGGUUGCGACAAAUCGGUUUUAGAAACUGAGACUGUGGAGUGCGGUGGAGAGAGCGAGACUGCGAAGCAAGUCGCUGUGCAACAAUCCAUCGCCAUAGCGAUGUCCGCAUGCGAGACUGCGGCGUUCAGGCGCAUGCAGAAAGAACACGGGGCAUGUUUCUCGCCCGAGGACGGGGCUAACUGUGGCAGCGGCCAUGCCGACGGACAAUGGCGGGCACCAGCUCGUUGCGAUAUUACCUUGAGGUGCGACGCCGCGGAGAAGCGAGAAGCUGGAGCGCCCGAGCCACAAAACUCGUGGCCGAGUGGGGCCAAAUCCUCUCCGAGCAAUCCAGAAUCCUCGUUAUGCCGUGCAGACUCUUUAAGCUGUUCAGGAGCGGACUUUGCGGGUGGAUCUCCGUAUGCGGCUUCGGGAUUACAGAUGCCACAGUACCCCGGGGCGUCUGUCUGUUCAACAUCUUCGCCUGGUGUGGGGUACCUUCUGACCGUGCAAUACUCACAGCAGACAGCUCAGGGAGCGGCUGUCUGGUCCGGUGGUCCCGAUGCCAGUCCCCCUUCGAGCGUAUCUGCCGACCCGCAGCAUGGUGGCUUUCCGGGUGCCUAUCUUCCGGCGUACUCCGUAGGCGUGGCACGGCCGGAACGAACUUCGCCGGGAGCAAACAAUUCGGCGUCAAUGACGCUGUACAGCCAGCCUGCGGCACCUCGUUACCAAAUCGGGUCAUCUGUGCCGCCUCUGGUGUCCUCGUCGUGGGCAUGUCCGUUCUACUAUGUCCCAGGACCUUCGGUGCCACCAAGCAGCGCUCACGGCGUCACGAAUCUUCUGCUUGCGCCCCAGCAAUCGCAGUCCGAGCCUGCGCAGUUGCUCCAUCACCAGAUGAAUGCGCAGCAGGCUUCCCUGUAUGCGUGGGAGGCUAUCGCGGCUUCUGGAGCUCCGAUGCAGGCCGCGAAGCCGCACGACUCUCGUGUGAUGUGUGGGCUAGCCGCUGCACCGAAGAAACCCGCAGGCGGCGCAUUUUUUUGUCCAUGGCAAGAGCCGCCAUCGGAGGCUCUGAGUCAAGGCGCAUCCACGGCCGGGUGUUCCUGGCCUCAAGAACAGCACGGCCACCAUCAGCAGUGCCUCGUCCAGGAGCCUCAGUUUCUGCACCUUCCGUUCCAACAGCCCCACGAUGUCCCCUCCAUGCCAUCGGCAGUAAGGACAUCGCAGGCCACGCCUCCAGAGGCUGCGGCGCGGAGUGAGGUUGUGGAGCAACUGGGAGAUUCGCCGAGACUUCACGACGCCGAGAGGCAGAGGCGAACUGGCGAAAUAGCUCCCCGGGAGGGCGACACCGACGAAAAAGGGCGUUCUCUGCAGAGUGACCCGGAAGGCGAGCGGGACACGAGCAGGCGUCCACUCAGUAGCAUGGAUUCUUCGGAGGAGAUGGGCUCUGAGUCGCCUGCAGGGGCUGGUGGUGGCGCAGCAAAGAGUGCAGGAGAGUCCCAUGGAUUAAGCCUGACUCAAGGGGGGGUGUCCCCUGGGGCAGGUGGCCUAGGCGGCGAAUCGCGCUCGGAUGCCAGCCACUCAAGUUCGCGCCGGAGAAGGACAGGGAGAGCUGGGGCCAGCAAGCGACAUCAAGCGAACGCGUGCACCAGCGAGGGAAGGGAGGAGUCUCAGGGCCAGAUGGAUUACCAGGCGGAAACAUGCGUUGUGAGUCAAGAGGACUACGGUCUUCCUGCAGAGGCCUCCGAACCUUGUUGCCAGAAGAGAUUGGAGGAAACGAGAACGCCUUCGUGUGAGUCUCCGACAGCUAGGAAGAAGGAAGUGGACGUGCUGUGCCGUGACAAGAAACAGGGGACGAACCGACCAGGACGAGCCAACAGACGCACUCCAGACUGUGCUGUGUUUGGGUCUUGGCAGAGCACAGAUAUUGAAGACACUCCAACGCUCGAUUGUGGCGCGGCCGCUGCCGGCGAUGCACCCGAAAAGAGUUUGACAGUUGAAGUCUUUCAGAAUCAGCAUGAGAGGUGCACCUGCGAAGCGGCAGAUGCAUCCGCGUGGGAUCGCAUUUGCUCGACAGGCGGCCUUGAAUCUCCACUCGCCAGCCGCUGCACGCGCGUAACGAAUGCCGAGGAUGAAUGCUGUGGAUUUCCAGAUAGUGGCAUCGGCUGCAACCAGGUCUCCGCCAGCGCUGCAGCACCAAAGGGCGCAUGCUCUGCGCAUGGCAGUGGGGCCUCCGGGAAGGGAAGCUGUGCAAUGAAUCCCCUGUUCAAGACCAAAAUGUGUCCGCUGCUUAAGGCGGGGUUGUGCCCAAAGACGGCUCGACGCUGCAAGUUCGCGCAUGCUCUGCAGGAGCUGCGACCGACAGCCGAGUUCUACAAGACCCAGAUGUGCAGUUUCUGGAUGAUGGGAUUUUGCCGGGCGGGCAUCAGCUGCCGCCACGCUCAUGGAGAAGACGAACUGAAAGUGCGCCCGAUAGGCGAGUCGCGGCCUCUAGUGGAGGGGCGCAAAGUAGGUGACAGGCGCCUGCCCGCAAGCAAUGAUGCACUAGAGACAAGUGCCAACUCCACGUCGCAGCUUCGUCCGUGAUAAACGAGCCUGGGGUCCUUGCUUGGCAUGUCGACUGUUUUCGGAAGAACACGACGGCUCUAGGUGUGGAAUAGAGUAGUGAAACACUGCUGAACAAUUUCACGAUUUUAUGAUAAGGGGUUGCUCCAGGCGUGCAUAAUGAUGUCCAGUGACACCGGCAGGCUGGCAUGCCCAUUCGCGUGCAUGCGCCGGGCGACCGAGGACAGCACAUGACACGUAGCUGGACAUCCCGACUUGUAGGUCUUCCCCGGGGACUGGGAUACUCGAGAGAGGGGACAUACCGAGUAUGCCCUGCGAACAGGGUAUGCCCCAGCAGAUGGUGCUGGGAAAGCAAGCGAAAGAAAAAAAAAACACCCAUGUGCUGCAGGGACGCACGAUAAAGAUCGCGGUAUUGAAAAACACCAUCGUGAACCGCUUGCUGCAUGUGGUUUAGAAUUUAGCGCCAAACUCGUCAUGCGGUCUUGGCGGCAUUUGAGACCUGUCACAGGGUCUUUUGGAAUUGACUUCAUUUUUGCUGGGAACUUUGUUCGUAUCUAGUGACAUCUUCUGUGCGUCGGGAAAGUCCACGAGGGGACUCUUCAGGCGGGUGGUUCUUCUUGACACUUUAAGGAUCGGGAUUAUAAGGAGUUGUCACUCGAUGUCUUUCACGCUUUUCGUUAGGUAUUAGUAACUGAUUCAUAGCAGGGGAACUUGUUCCGAUGUCUCGCUUCCGUUUUGAAGAAGGACUGUCAAGAAGUCAAGGUGCUUUUAGCAGAGAGCACCUGCGCAGUUAAACUCGUCGACGAUGUUGCUUUACGGCAGUGCUUAUCGUUUUUUCUCUACGAGUAUGUCAUUUGUGUCUUGGCCGUCUGAUACAUGGAAUUCGGUUUACGACAGAAAAACUCGUCUCAACUUCGAGAUACGCACUCGGCUUGGUGUGUGUGGGGGUAUGCUUCCGAACAUGAGAAGGUAGUAGAAAACGGCAGCUCCCAAACAGGGGAGAGGGGCGCCUCCGACGUCCUGCGAUCGUUAAGCACACGAGUUUUCGUCCGGUAGAUGUAAGUGCAUUCGCAGCAACUAUUCGGACUUCGGAAACGAACGCGUUCAACAUCGAUUGCCUCCGGCAUUGUCUCUUAUGUGCUUGCGCGCCAUGAGCGUGCUGCAUGGAGGCUGGGAAAAGGACCUCCUCGUGUGCAGCAAUUUCGCUACCCUCCUCCCGUUCUGGUCUGUGUUGCGUCGAGAUGACUCCACGUUGGCCAGUGAAUGCAGAUGUGACAGUAUCAUGAGGAUGGGCAACAGCUGAGGCUGGUUGUUGUUUUUGCCGCAGUUCUUCGGCGGGACCGUUAAACCGGGAUCCACUUGUGAGGAGGUCCACUGUGCGUGCAUGGGCGUGCCCGCACAGAAACAAAAGCGUGGUUGACAAGAGUCAUCUUCUGCCAAGGUACAGAUGCACGCUCGCUAUUGCAGCGGCUUUCCUGGUCCCUGGAACCCUUGUUUUUCGUGGGCCAAAGCCCCUUUUGUUCACAGGUUGACCGGAACUGAACCAGAGAUCCGGAAACAGAAUCCCGUCGGUACGCUGCUCUAGAUACGUCCCUCUUUCCUUGGAAACAACGUGACAUUCCUCGACGUGUGUGUCUGAUGCCUUGCGCUCGCCGUCGUGUAACAGCAGUGAGGGACACAAAGUGGGAGAGCGGGGAAUACGAGUUGCCCUAGUAGGCGACUUACACAGCAUACGAAGCGCGCUCGGUGUCAUUGCCGUGCGAAGUACCAGCCCGUGAUAAUUGCUGUUAUGCCUUCGACCAAAAGCAUGUGGAAAUAGGAAGCCAUAAAUCGGCUGUUUUUCUACAAACCCACGGGCCUCCUGAGAAACGAAUCAAAGAAUUCCUGAACAGUGCGCUGGUGUAAAAUAGAGCGUGCUGCUCCGAUGUAGAGUGGAGCGGGAAGAGGGUGGGCAAGAGUUUGAAGGCUUGGACUGAUUUCUGUACAUUCUGUGCCGUCACAACCUGGUGAAGGGCAUGCUAUUUUUAAACAAGAUGCGGCAGUGUGAACGUGUUUCAAUGAACGACUGAUAACUCGGAGCUCAAGUUAUUAAAGACAUACGUACCGAUGUCCAUUCCUUAUGAACAGGGUAGUCUAUUCUGGACAAGGGGUGCGAACCUCGGGAAUAUCUCCGGUAGGUGGAGACCAAAUUUUAGCAAGCGACAUGCAGCACGUUGUUUGGAUGGCUCCUUUUAGUGAAACAGUGAUCGUGCUGAAUGUGGUACUCUAUUUCUGUCAAGCACCAAUAAGCAUGGCUCGUCGUUACCUUUUUUUCGAUCAAGGCGUUACAACGUCGUGAACGUUUCUGUCCGGUCAUACUCUUGCUCCAGCGGAUGCAAGAUGUCUCGAGAGUACUUUCAUGAACUGUGUUAGCACAUUUGCAAUUUGGAAAGCAACGUGGGUUGUUUCACCCGACAAAGGAAAGAAUAUGUUUUAGAACUGACGAUACAUCCCCCGUGCUACGCAGCUCACAGUGAUGCUGCAGCCUGUAGCGCUUCGUGGAAUCGGCUGGUGCUCUGCAGAAGUGGUGGCAAACGUACUUACAGCCCAAUUACAGUUUCCAGGGUGAACAGGAUUUUUACGAGGGAAGGAAACGUAAGAAAUGAAUCGCUUAGGUGCCAAUACCGGCAAGGAACUCGCUUACGGCAAGGGCGUUUGGCGCAGUCGGUAGCGCGUGGGUCUCAUAAUCCCAAGGUCGCGAGUUCGAUCCUCGCAGUGCCCACUGAUUUCUCCCUUUAACAGGCAAUCGUUCUCGGAUGGUCUUCACCCUUUCAUCCAAAAGAUAAUGGCGCAGAACCCCCACUGAUGGCAAUGCCUGUAGCUGUGUGUGUGUGUGUGUG